AGGUUCAUUCAGUUACGGUGGAGAUCCCCAAGCUCGAACCGAAUUGCCUCUACGUCGCAUCCACGGUAACUUCGCCGGAGGCAUCUCCAGACUUUGCCGUUUUGAGGGUUUUGACGUCUAUGCCAAUGCGAUUCCGGGAGCUUUCUGUUCCGGAAUCAGCGUACUUUUUGCAGGCCGAAGAGCAAGCUGUCCCAGCUGUGGACACUGACAGUUUUUCAUCUCAGGGCUCUGCGGAAGACCAUGCUCAGGAGCCAGCCAGAGAGGAUGCCAUGAAGGCAGCAGUGGCAGACUCUCGCGCAACUGGCUCUGCCGUCUCAGAAAGCUGUCAGGGCUCUGAAGUUUCCGAGAACUGGCCAGGAGAAUGCGGGACAGAAGUUGAUCUUGGCUUCGACUUGAAGCUUCCCCCUUUUCUUGAGGACAUGUUGAAGCAUUGUUCUGGCAUUGAUUGCUGAGAAGCGGAGCGAAUCAACUCGGAAGGAGCUUGGAGUCGCAGAAGGGCUCGGAAUGACCCCCGCUGCACCUCCCUGUACCAUACAGAUCGGGAAGUCAGCUCUGUAUCAUAGCAAAGACUUCAACGUUGCAUGCAGGACUUUCCAGGCAGUGUCGCUGCCGCAAAACAUAAAAGAUUU